GCCAAAUUUAUUUUUUUCUCUUGUUGGUAUUCCGACAAAGCUUCUUAUGGCGGUUAUAUUUUAGAAAAUUCUCGAUUUAUUUCGCCUUUUCCAAAGAAAAAUUACCAAUUAGAGUGUCUGUGAGUUAUUUUAGCAAAUUCAAUAAUCCCGAAAAUGUAAGGUGGUAAUGCAAUGUCAUUUUCCAAGCCCGGUGAUAUUGUACAUUAAAAUGGAACAAAAAUAAACGCACGUUUUUGUACAAAAAAAUCAUAACAAUGUCCAAGCAAAGACAAGACCUAAGAGAGGCUUUGGCACAAAUUCUAAGCUGUGGAAUGGAUGCUGACUCUGAAGUCAGAAGGCUUGCCGAGGAAAGAAAAAAGGCCCUUGAAAUGACUGAAGACUAUCCAUUUUUGCUGUUGGAAAUAAUUGAUAGUACUGAAGAAGCGGUGGAUGAAAAAACCAUGGCUUCCAUAUUCCUUAAGAAUUACUUAUACGAUUUUUAUAGACGGAAUUUAUCGGACCAAGUUUUACAAAAUUGCGAGUCUCUUAUGCCUAGAUUAACCUCCCAUGUAAUAACCUUGAUGAUUAAAAAUCAAACUAUGAGAGAAAUGCUGUGUAAAGCGUUGACUUACAUAGCCUAUACAGGUUAUUGGGGUCUUAUUGACAAUAAAAUAAUGGCGAUGUUGCAAAGCGACGAUGAGAAUAUUUUGGGGCCUGCUGUUGUUUUCAUGCGCCAUUUAUUCGACUUUGAUUACGGCAUACAUGUAUCAUCAGAGUAUUUUGAGAUACUACUAAACGUAUUUACAAACACUGGCAACCCUUAUAUUAAGGGCGAAGCAAGUUUUGCAUUGAUCUUCGUCGUAUUCCAUUGCUUCCCUGAUUACCACGUUGUAAUGGACGCUUGCAGAAGACUCGGGCUGAGCAUCAUGGACAUGCUGAAGCAACCAUACAGCCCCUCCAACAAUUUCCACGCCAAAAGGGCGAUAAUCAAAAGCCUGUGCAUUCUUUCCGCAGUCGAUCAGCAAGACCAAAGGAUCAGCUACUGGGUAAUACGCGAAACCCUACCCGCCAUAGGCAACAUUAUGAUUUACUGCUGCCAGGAGUACAAACACGUCAUAAUGGAAAGCCCCCACAUGCCCAGGGACCAAGACGAGGACCCCAAAGAGCCCAAAAAUUUUAUCGAACUCGUCAUUAAGCUUUUAGAGCUUGUCAACAAAAUUUUAUGUGACAACUCUUGUUGCCGCAUGCUGCAAGACGAACUCGACGACCUUUUGACCUGCCUGUUCACAUUCAUUUGCGCGCCUGACACUUGUUCAGUUUUUAUGACUUGCCAAGACCAACCGUCUAGCUAUAAAGUCAGAAAUAUGGCCGUUUCUGCCUUAAAUAACAUUUUGAGGUACUUAAAAGGCGGUCCAGUAUUCUUUAAACACUUACAAACUGUAUACGUAAGACACCUGACUGAAUGCACAUCACAGAGGCUAAGCUCUCCAUUGUAUUACGGAAAAAUGAUGGAGUCCUUGAUGUAUGGGCUGGGUAAAAUUAGAAGUUACUUCCCGGAAAGUUACAUUUUCCUCGCUGAUGUUUUCCCGCAUAGAUAUUAUUUGGAAACGUGGAAUUCUUUAUUGAAUGAAACCAACUUUACCAUUGUGGGCAGGAUUGUUUGGUUAUGCGGCAAGUACAGCGCUUCCCUAAGCAAAGAAGCAUUAGAGACACAGCUAAGAACGAAUAUAAGGUUUAUACACAGCCUUACUGAGCCCCUAUUCAACCCAGUGGCAGAUGCAAUAAUGUACCAUCUACAGUAUUAUGUACACAGCCCAGGUGAAAACCGCAUGGUCAUCAACAAUUUGUCGCCUGAUAUUGCAGCAUGUCUCUUUAAAAUGGCGCAAAUUAAAUCCAUAAAGCCACAGUGCUACCUUAAUGCUUUAGGAAAUCUGUACAAGCUAAACAUAAUGGUGAUGAGGCACUUUUUGCCGAUCACAUUGGACGUGCUGUCGAUCGCGACGAAGUCCAUGAACGACAAUAAAAUAAUGAAUGAAAUCAAAUUUCUUCUCGGCGAAGUAUCGAAACACGAAUGCAAUUCGGCGCGUGUUUUGAACGAGUUCCGUCAAUUCCUCAUGCAAAUGAUCUACAAAAAUCCAUCGAAAAGAAUUUACAACAAGAGUGAAAUGCAUGCAAAGGCUUUCGAGUUGCUGAAUAAUAUUUUAAUCAACAACCCGCAACCGGUCAGCGAUUCGAUCGUUCAGGAGAGUUUCUAUCCUGCUUGCGAUGUGAUUUUGAAUUUGCCGGAUGUCGACAAUGAUACUGUAGAGGCUGCUGUAGAUCUCAUAAUAACGAUGCUCAUUAAAAUGCCGUCCCAAAUAAAAAGGCUGACCACGGAAAAGGGCGAAUAUUUGGCGGAUUUCGUGCCGAAAAUAAUCUACGACCUACUGGACCCCGCCAAAACGGUCUGGACCGAAAGAAACGGCAAACUAGUUGUAACUAGCAUUAUCACCCUCACGGAAAAGAUGGACCCGCAUCUGGAGAGCAUUUUGAAGUCUGUAUUGAGUUGCGCGCUAGCCAAAAACGUGUCCAGAGCCGUUGAACCGCCUGCUUGGCUCACCUUCGCCUACAUUUUCAUGUACAAACCUGCAGAUACUGUGAACUUUUUGAGCAGCAUCCCAGGACCCACUGGGGGCAGUGCUCUGGCUUUUCUGAUCGCCAAAUGGAAUCCCGACUAUAUCUAUAUGGUGGAUGGCAUUGAAAAAAUCAUUGUUGUGAUGGCCAUAAUUCAAAUAAUCGCUUUUGCAAUGGAAGAGACUAAUGACAGAUUUAAAGAUGUCAUCGUCCAUCAGCGACUAGGAAGACCCUGCACUGGGGUCGAGUAUCUCUACAUGAUACUCAUACAUACUGUUCUUGAAAUUGAAACAAACGAGAAUGCCAGACCAAAGAUUCCAUAUGAUGAUCAUCGCCUAUUCAAAGCGGUGUUGCCUUUUAUUGAUGUGGAUUUAGGGGCUCACAUCAAGAACUUCCUUAAAAACCAAACCCAGCCGUUUUUUAACGCCGUUACCCAGUUUUUUACCGAUAAAAUUUCAAAUUUGCAGGACAUGGGUCUCCUCACUGGAAAUUCAAUGGAGUAGUUUCUUAACUCUAGUAUUAAUAUUAUGUGAUUUUGCGAGGCUGUGUUUUUGUUCUGUUGUUUUUUGUUUGAUGUUAAAGCCUUUAUGUAUAUUGUUUAAAUAUACAACUGUUUGUAUUUGAAAGUUUAUAUAUUUUUGUACUACACUUUAAUAAAUAAAGCGACGUUUCUUAAGUA